GCGCGGCGGUGGGACGGCCUCCGGGGCCGGUGACCCCUCCCCGAGGAGGGGAGGCCCGGCUCGAACCCGCCCAGUCCCGGGCUGGACCGCGGCGCGGCGGGGCGGGGACCGGGAAGAAGAGAGUAGGAGAGAGAGAAAGCCUAGGGCGAGAGAGGCCGCCGGUGCGCCGUGAGGAGGCGGAGGAAAGGAAGCUCUCUGCCGCUGCAGGUGGAGUUCACCCAGGGGACCGUUUCUGCAGCCGCCGCCGUCUCUCCGGAGCCCGGCUUCCCUGUCCCGAAGGUGCUGGCGUGUGGCACCCGGGACCCGCCGACUGGGGGGCGCCCGGGCCCGCCGUCCCCGGCUGCGCCUCCGAGCCUCGCUCAUGGCUGAGGGCCGGCGGCGGGAGGACGACGAGGAAGAGCUGCGCGAGCGCCGCGAGCUUGGGGGCCCGCGCCGCGCCCGGGGCCGUGCGCUCUCGGGCCACUCGGCCGCAGAUCGCAACGAACGAAAUAAACCAGAGCACCGUUCCUCAAGCCAAGGACCCUUAUCAUCCAUUAGAGCAGUAAUCAAGAGAUCUUCUCGGACUUCUAUUCAUGGUGAACUUCAUCGAGACAGAAGGCGCCCAGAGAUCACCAUUGUGGCUGCUGAGCCGCUGAGGCCGACCUCGUGGUUCCCUGGAGCACCACACUCAGGAUUGGGAUUUCCUGCAUCUUCCACAGCAGGCCCUUGGAGGCCAAAUGAGCUGCUUCCUUCCGAGCUUCCUCCAUCUUACGAACAAGUCAUAAAAGAAAUCAACCAAGUUCAAGUUAAUACCACAAAUAAUAAUAAUGCUGCUGCUACUCCAAGGCACACUAUUACUUCUGCAACUCAGACUGACUUCUCAGAAGAAAUAGACAACAACAAUCUGCCUCAAAGUAAUUCAACACUACAGGCACCUCUCAAGCCUCUUCAGCCUUCCCCAGCAGUCUCAUCCAGUGAUCUUCCUGCAAGUGUGGCACCUUUAAUAGUCUUUGAUAUUUCUGAAGAACAGAAUUGUCCAGAAAACUCCAGUGCUCCAAGAUGUCCGGUGCCAAAACCAAGAUCAAAAAGCAACCUCAGACCAGUAGCUAGAGAUACUCACAUUAAAGAACCAAGCCACCAGAGAAUCGGUCCAACCACCGAAAGCUCAUCCCCAGGCCGGCCCCAGUCCCUACUGGACAGUACCAACAGCUUAGACAGUCAGGCAGUGAUGAACAUUAUGAACACAGAACAAACCCAAACUAGUAUCAUUUCAAAGAUCAAAGCAUUUGAGGAUCAGAAGAGUUUAGAAGCCUUGGGACUUCCCAAGAAACCAGAAGUUGUUCCCCGCACACUGCCCCUGAAGCCUGCUGUUUGUCCAGGGAAACCCUCUGUGGCUCCCAAACCAGCUGCUAAAAGAGCUUCUGGAGAAUGGGACUCUUGGGCUGAAAACAGACUCUGGGUGACAUCCGGGGAAGGGCUCACCCCACACCCUGCACCACAGGAAGCAGGAAACAUCCCAGGAUCCAAACCUGAAUUGCCAAAGAAACCAAAUCCUGGCCUUAGAAGAAGUGUUCAUCAUGAGACUCCAGGAGGAGGGCCCAUUGCUGAGGGCCCUGUCGGUGGGAAGAAAGUUCCUACUCCCGCUCCACGACCUCUGCUGCCGAAGAAACCAGUUUCCUCAGAAAACCCCAUCCACCCAUCAGCUCCCCUGAAACCGGUCACUGUUCCUCCCCAGCUCUCAGUGGCCUCACAAGCCAAAGCAUUCAGGUCACUGGGAGAAGGAUCCUCAGCCAGCCCUGCAGUGCCAGGUCUGCAAAGCAAGCCCUCAGGGGACAUCGACCUCAUCAGUUUUGAUGAUGAUGUUUUACCCACCCCACCUGGGAACCUGGCAGAAGAGUCUGUGUGUUCAGAGAUGGCUCUAGAUCCCUUUCAGCUCCCUACAAAAACAGAACCAACAAAAGAAAGAGCAGUUCAACCCGCAGCCACCAGGAAGCCCACUGUAAUUCGAAUUCCAGCCAAACCAGGAAAAUGUUUGCAUGAAGAUAUACAAAGCCCACCUCCUCUCCCUGCUGAAAAACCUAUUGGAAACACUUACAGUACAGUUUGUGGAAAAUCUAGUAAUGUUGACAAAGCUAGAAAUUUGGAAUCUGAUCACACUGGUCAAACUGGCGGUUUUGUGCGGGGGCCUCCAAGGUUGCCACCGAGACCUGUAAGUGGGAAAGCAAUCCCGACUCGACAGCCUGCUCCCAAGGUGGCCCCUGAGAGACCACCUCCUCCCAAGCUUGCUUCAGCCAGAGCAUCAAGUAAAAAACUGCCUUUUCAUCGCUCUUCCUCUGACAUGGACCUGCAGAGGAAACAAAACAACUUGGCAUUAGGACUCUCAAAAGCCAAGAGUCAAGUCUUUAAAAAUCAAGAUCCGGUGCUGCCCCCUCGCCCCAAACCAGGACACCCUCUCUACAAGAAAUACAUGCUGUCUGCGCCUCCUGAAAUUGCCAAUGAAGGCAUUGUGUCACACAACCCUGGAGAACGCCCUUGUAAGGACCCAAGCCACUCUCAGAAGCCGACUGACAGCAAUAUUCCUCAAGCUAUUGUUCUUCACGAUUUUCCAGCAGAGCAAGUCGAUGAUUUGUGCCUCACUUCUGGGGAGAUUGUUUAUCUUCUGGAGAAGAUAGAUGCGGAUUGGUAUAGAGGGAGGUGUGGAAACCAGACUGGUAUAUUUCCUGCCAACUAUGUCAGAGUAAUUAUUGAUAUUCCAGAAGGAGGAAAUGGAAACAGGAAAGGAGAUGCAGUUUGCUCUCGUUCUAUUAAGGGCCUGAGAUGUAUUGCUCGGUUUGAAUAUAUUGGAGACCACAAGGAUGAGCUAAGUUUCUCAGAGGGAGAAAUCAUCACUCUUCAAGAGUAUGUGAAUGAGGAGUGGGCCAGAGGAGAACUUGGAAACAGAACUGGGAUUUUUCCCCUUAACUUUGUGGAAUUUCUUGAAGAACAUCCCACCUCGAGUGCAAAUAUUUUAAAUGCAAAGGUACCACAGAAGACCAAGAAAGAAGACUCUGGCUCAAAUUCUCAGGGUGACAGUCUUCCUGGAGAAUGGUGUGAAGCACUUCACAGUUUUACAGCAGAGACCAGUGACGACUUAUCCUUCAAAAGGGGAGACCGCAUCCUGAUCCUGCAGCGUCUGGACUCGGACUGGUACCGGGGCAGACUGCACACCAGAGAGGGCAUCUUCCCUGCCGUUUUUGUGCGUCCCUGCUCAGCUGAGGCAAGAAGUACAUCUGCUCAAGCUCUGAAGAGGAGGAAGGUCAAAGCCUUAUAUGACUUCCAUGGAGAGAAUGAAGAUGAGCUUUCCUUCAAGGCUGGGGAUAUAAUAACAGAGCUGGAAUCUGUGGAUGAAGACUGGAUGAGCGGAGAGCUAAUGGGAAAAUCUGGAAUAUUUCCCAAAAUCUAUGUUCAGUUUCUACAAGUCAGCGAAAGGUGAAGCUAGACUGUGUUCCUUGACACAGAACUCACUUGAACUGUCACUUUGACGAUCAAAUAUGUUUUUGCACUAUUUUUUUAAACUGAAACAAAAGUAUCUGCAAUGUCACUGGUACACUACAGUUGUCUAAAAGCAGAAACUUCUAGGCUUUGUGGCUGGCUUUCAUUCACAGUGGAAACGUGUAGGUGGAAAUUCAUGAGCUACAAUUCUAGCAGGGAAAACAUCUAAGAGGCCUAGCUGGCCAUUGCCCCAGGAAGUGUCUAGGCACAUGGCAGCAUGGGGACGCUAGCAAGAGAAAGUUGUUUGGACAUCUGUUUUUAGCAGCACAAUGAAUUAACUCUGCUUCUUCAUUUUCUACUUUAGUUUAAAAAAAGUAUAUUUGACAUUCUACUUGCUGAACUAUCAGGAUAUGGUUGGUAUUCUAAAUUCCAUUUUUGAUAUUCAAAUUAAUUCUAACAGCUUGAGCACAUUAGCCUUAUUACCAGGGCAGAUCUGUGGUUCAGCAGAAGUAGUUUAUUAACUAUUUGGAGCAUUUCUAAGUACCAGGUAAAACCGGCUCAUGCUCACCAAAUGCUCCAGGUGUUUCUGAGUGGUUUCCAUUCAUGCAAGGAGUUGCAGGGCAUCAGUGUCUGACGUGUCUUAGAGACCACAAGCAUCCUGAAAUGCUUUGCUGAUGCAACUAACCCUUCCAUACAUGUGCCAUACUUUUUUCUUUCCUCAGUAUAUACUUUAACAGGGUUAUUAUAAAACACAUCUUCUGAAUUUGCAAUCAUUCCUUUGACAGUUACUGGUACCCAAAGGAAAAUUCAUUUUCUUUGCAUUACCCCAGUAAUACAUAAAAGCUGUGUCUUGUUAUAAUAGUGCAUUAUGAAUCACAUGUAGUGUCUUAGAAUGCAGAUGAAAUGUUAAGAUGGGAAGCAGUGCCAAGCCGCACAGCUCGUCUCUUUGCAAUAUAAUCAAAAUGAGAAGUAAUUUAAGAGGACUGAAGGCAAGUACUUAUUUUUAUGCUCCCCACAUAAUUAUUAGAAUAAAUGAAGAAAUGCUUUUCUGCUAUCCAUUGUUACACCUUCCCAGCUUAAGAUAAUGGUGACUGAAUGAAUGACAGUUUAUGGGCUGAAGCCAAAUAAGUUGAAGACAAUCUUCCACACAGAUCAAUGGAACAGAAUUGCUUUGGAAAUGUAACACAUUUUCCCAACAAUGUUCAUGACUUUCUUCUGUUUUUAAGAAGAGUUUCAUGUGCUGGACCAUUUUGUAGCUUUUGUUAUUUUUUCCAAUGUCCAAGCCGUUAAGCAGCCAGUGGUCACGCAAUGACACCAUUACGUGGACACCAAAUGGAGUUCUGUGAGAAAGGCAACAUUGACUUUGUCUCUGACUUAAGUUUAUUUUUCUGUUAUUUGGCUACAACUGAUUUUGGAAUAUGGGAGCUGUUUUUUAUAAAUUGUGUUUUGGGUAAGGAACAUGAUAUAAGGAAAAUUCUUAUCAGAUUUCACUCAAAAGUGGUUUCCUGAGAAAUAAAUGACAUGAAGUAUUAUCCAAACUAAAUUCUCUUUGUAGCUGUACAAUAGCAGGAAGCAAGCUGUGGAUAUGAAAUGAGACAUAAAUUAUCUACCUUUUUUUAAUUUCAGCGUCUGAUUAGAAAUUGAAAUAACCUAUCCUUAUUAGAGAAAAUCAAUUAAAUUUUGGCCUUCUGUCAGCAGAAUGAAGAGUGCAAUAGUUGUAUGUCUACUUGACACUGUAAUAAACUGAACUUUUCGAAGUA